GUUGCAAUAAUUUUCUUUACUAAGUAGCUACACAUUGGGCAAGUCGCCAAUUAGAACAAGUUCGAAUGGUAUAAGCCGCAACACUAGAAGCGUUACAAGCGCUUUACCAGCUUUUAGGGAUUAUGAAUUUGAGGGUUGUAGGAUAAUUGGGGAUUGAAGAUUAUUACUUGCAAUUCGCUACCAAUGAAGAAAAAAGAGAAACAGGUUUACUUUAAAUCCAACUACAGGUAGGUGUAAAAUAGCCAAACAAAAAUGGCGAUGAGGAAAUUUUGUGAAGUUUAUUAACCUUUAACAAACGUAAGGUGAAUCUGGUACGAAUCUGUUAUAUACCUGACGACCACAGAAAGAUACUAGUCGUAUGUAAACUUGCGCACGCGAAUCUCGUACAACAAUGGGAUGUGUAAAGAUGCAGACGAUAAUAGUGCUUAUUGUGUUCACAAUAAUAACUCAAACUGUAUCACAAUGUGACGAAGAAUAUAGUGUAGAACUAAAAGACCGCAUGUAUAAAGGUGUUAAAUAUGAACCAAAUGAAAUAAUAGUGGAUAAUGUGACUAAUGUGGAAAGGGGAUGUGUGUGUUUGAAGGAGGCAUGUGCAAAAAAGUGCUGUCCUCUGGGCCAAGCGUAUCACAGGGAGCAGAAGAUAUGUAUCGACUUCUCUGAACCGUUUAAUCCUCCUGUUUAUAGAGAUUUUCGGCUGUUACCAGGAUACAAUGCUACGAAGGAGUUAUACUUUUUCUAUGGGAAAAUGAAUUGUUCGGAGGAACUGGCAGAAUUUAGGGUGCCAGUAAAUUAUCCAAAUUAUUUUCAUUUGAGAACGGAUGGUAAGCUGUAUGUGAAAACCGAGCCUUCUGCCAAGGUGUUGAUUUAUGAAGCAGACAAGUACUGCAUCGACACGUUCGUCUCGGACACCGAGGGACCACACCUCAAUGCGCUCAUCUGCUUCGUAGUGAAGCCCGAACCCUACAGUUAUACCAUGAGCAGUAGUUUUAUGCUGAUAUCCUGUUUCUUCAUUCUCCUGACGGUAGCAGUUUACGCAUGGCUGCCAGAACUGAGGAACCUUCAUGGCAUGGUGCUGAUGGCAUACUUACUCUGUUUCUUCGUCGGUUUCCUGUUCCUAGCCACCAUGCAGAUCCUCAUCCUAAAGCGACAGAUAACUGAAGAAAUCUGCAUUGUAUUAACUUUCAUCGUGUACUUCUCCCUUCUGGCAGCAUUCUUCUGGUUAAACGUGAUGUGCUACGACAUCUGGUGGACGUUCAGUGGCAAACGAGCUCAAGGCCGUAGUGGUACACAAAACAAAAGGAUUUUGUGUUAUGCCAUCUACGCGUUUGGAGUGCCCACGAUCCUGACCAUCAAUUUGGCAGCUCUCGAAUUCUCCAACAUUCCUUUGCAUCCUCUAUUGCCUAAACUUAGGAUACAAGGCUGCUUCUUAUACGGAAACAGCAAAUUCCUGUAUUUGUAUGGACCAAUUGUGAUCCUCUGUGAGGCAAACCUGAUAUUCUUCACACUGACUGCCCUCAAAAUAGCAAAAAUUAAAAGAGAAACCAAAAUGCUACGAGACAAGGAGAGCUCCACACAUGACCAAGACAGGAAGGACACCCAAAGGUUCACUCUCUACGUCAAGUUGUUUACUGUCAUGGGCAUCAACUGGAUCUUGGAAGUGGGCAGCUCCUUCUAUCCCGAAGCUGACUGGUGCUGGCAGUUCUCUGACGUUUACAACGUGCUCGUCGGUCUAAUCAUCUUCAUUAUCUUCGUCUGUAAGAAGAAGACUUGGCAAAUGAUCAAGAAGAGAUACAGACAAUUGCGGGGCGAUACUUCAAAGUCUGGGACGCAGACCACGGUAUCCUCUACUCGGACACAUUCCACAUCACGCGAUGAUAUCGACACCAGCAAUUUAUACUACGCUAACUCGAAAUUUGGAAAAAACUUUUUUUAUGCCAAGUUGCUUAAAAUGUGGGUUUACAUACGUCAUAAAAAAAUUGACAAGAAAUAUGCAAAAAUAAGAAAGUUACAAAUCUUAUAAAACGCUAAGUAAAGGUACUUUUUGAAAUCACUCGAUUUAUAUUACGCCAACUAUUAUUAGCGGAGUGUGCGCGGGGAUCACUUUGGUCAAAAUCUGUGCAACACUGCGCUAACUCAUAGUUAGCGUAGUUUAGUGCGUUCGUGUGUAUACUUGUUCGUUUGUACAAUGAACGACUUAGCGACUUUUACAUAGUAAAUACUUAUGUGUUAACGUAUUAAUUAGUUUAUUAAUGGUACGUUGACUAUUAUUUUUGUAAGUAAGUACAUGUUCUUUAUAAAAAUAUUGAAAUAUGCAUCAGAUGAUUGGUCAUGCACCACGACCUCCCGUACUACACUAAGCUAACAUAAGUUAGACGUGUAUAAGAUGUAACAUUUUUUUGAUGAAUUACGUUUAUAUACGGCUAACUUGCGCUAAAUCAAAAAAUAGAAAUAAGUAAGGAAAUAAAAAUAUGAGAUAUUACAAUGAAUAAAUUAAAUAUUAAGCAUACCAAAUUUCAAAAAAAUAUCUUAAUUAAUGUAAAAGUUAUCACGUUUUUCCCUUUAAACGCCUCUACUGUAAAGUACGCUUUUUGAGUUAGCGUAGUAUAAAUUGCUGGUGUCGAUAUGCAGAUGCACUCUAUUAAGAAUAAGGAGUGGCUCGGUCGGAGUCCAAGUUCAGAGUAUCUCCCAGUGGAGCAACAUUGAAUCGACAACCGCAAUCUCCUCCCUUCGACGAACGUGACGUCACACGGAACCGUCAAAGCGCGACACCUUCCCGUUCUCUAAUCACUUGAGUCACAAUGACCCUUCUUACAUUAUUAUAGGUACACAAAUAAAAUAAUAUCUAGGAUUAAAUGAAAAAUCCAGAUCCUAAGUAUGAUCAUUAAAACUUAAUACGGGAUAUUUACAAUGUUUUCUAUAUCGGAAACUCAUAAUAACUAAUAAACAUGGUAAAUAUCCCGUUUUAAGUUCUAAUGAUAUUACUAGUGACCAUGUCAGUUUAAAAAAACCCUAAGUAUUGUUAAAAAAACACAAAAGGAAACUGUUUGUCCUCGCACCCUGUAUGUGAAAUGCUUGGCUCUCUGUUUCACGAACGCCUAAAGAUCGGUUAAAACAAUGAGUGUAAUCUUGUCUAUAAAAUACUUUUUAUGUAAAAGUACCGUAGCUCUCUCAAGAGUUAAGAAAAUUAACAAAAUGUGCCUAAAACUUGCCUUGACAUAAUGUUUUUUCUUGUUUUUGCGUUUGUUCAAUUAAAUUUUGUCACGAAAAUUUUGUUUUUGUUAAAAAAGUAAAGUAAACCUUGGCAAGAUAAAGAGAACUGAACGUUCUGUUCAAACAUAGUUUUUGACGUUAAUUAUUUUUAUCAUAAAUUAAUAUAACAUUGUUAUUGAAAUUGCUAAAUCGGAACUUUUUCAACGUUUUCAAUUAUACUGAUAUUUGACAUUCAAAUGCUAUGUUUAAUUAAUGUAUAAAUAUCAAGCACAUUAUGUACUGCAUGUGUUUUACACCUCAAUGUAUUUAAAUGAAGAGCUUAAUAAAAAAAAUUAUAUGAUAGCUUUAUUAUAACUUUCGUGAGACAUACUAAAUUAAUUAAUAAUAUAAUCAGCUUACUCACGUAACUGUUUGACGAGGAACCCGACUAGUUUCAAACCAUUCCGUAACAAUCGCAGCACGACAAUCGCCGCGUCGUAUCCUCAUCAAACAGCUACGUGAGUAAACCGAUAAAAUAAUAAUUAAUUCAUAUGAUAGCAUUUAUUAGUUAUAAAAUUUCGUAAUAAUAAUGCCAUAAUUGUUAUUAUUAUUUUUAGUCAAAUAAAUUUAAUGUAAGUUUAUGAAAAAUAUUUAUGCUGUGGUCGUUGCAGACUCCCACCUUUUUGAACUAGUACUUAUCUAAAAAUCUGUUUACGGUAAUAAUACAGACAACAUUUAGUUUCUUUUUGCAAUAAAUUUUUGUUAAACUUAUUUUAGUGCCUGUUUAUAUAGAUAUGUACCCCUCUAAACUUACGCGACAGAUAGUUUAUGCAAAUUACGUUUUAAUUCAAAUUUAUCUUAUACACAGCAGCAUGCCACACAUCGUGUAACGGGCCUUUAGUGGGUUUAGAAACACCUAUAUCAGUAAACAUUUCUUUUUUUCCAUUCAAUAAUUUUCGAAAAUAUUUUCCUAUAUAUAAAUCACUGUUCUAUACAUACUAUAUAUAAGUAUACUUGUUUUAAUAUUUUUUCUUGUAAUUUGAGAAAUCUAUGAAAUGUUUUGACAUAACAAACUCUUGUUUUGUUAUAUGUGUAGUAUACAAUAGGAAUUUUAUAAUAUACAUAAACAUUUCUACUGUCAUGAUGUUUUCAUUUAAAAAAAGUGUAACAAAUAAUGUGUUACAAUAAAAAUAAUUUAACCACUCGUUGGUUAUGUAUAUGAUCUCAAACAGAUGGCUGCUAAGCUGCUAAAUAAAGCACCUACGUUGUAAUUUGAAACUUAUGAACAAUACAAGCUUAAAACGAUUUUCAAUUCUAUUAUCUUAUUAUUAGAAUGAUAUUUUGAAUGAAACAGCAUUUGAUAUAAGUUUCAAAUUAAUCACCGUACAGGUGCAAUUUGAAGAACAGAGACACUAUUUAAUGAUUUUAUUACAAAGUAUUAAAACAUAAUGUAAUCAAAGACAUUUUUUUAAACAGAUAUAUUUCGAGUACUGUUAUUUCUAUUUUAGAGGUAGCUAUAAAGCUAAUAGGAUUAUAUUAUCUAAGAAAAGUCAAAACAUAUUUAAACACAAUUUUUGUCUUGUUUCGUAUUAAGAUGCAAUAUAAUUAUUUAGUGCGUACAUACAUAAUGUAGGUAGGUUUAUCACAAAAGCAAAUAUAGAAGAACAAAUAUUACUGACUAAUAAAUGUAUUUUGUGAAAA